CUGACUUAGAGCAAGUAUGAUAAUCCACUGCGCCUCCUGUGGCUCUGCUAAUCCAUCACUGACACAAAUACAGGUGCAUAAAGAUGCAAACUUAUCAGCUUAUGCAACAGCAGCAAAGCCAAGGUUUUAUAUACAGCCUGCAGAGACCGGAUUCCCCCAGUGGAGAUCAUUACUGAGCAGGUGUGUGUUCUUGCGCCUGGCUGAGUGUGUCUUUAGACCCAGGGGAGAGCUGCUGGCACCACCACACUCAGCCAGGUGGAGAAAACUGACACAAAAAAGAUCUACAGGAGGAUCUACAGGAGGGAGAGUCUCAGUGGUGUUCUGUGGUCUCAACGGUAAAGCUCCAGAGUGAACAACAAUGUUUUUUCGCAUCCCUCGGCUGACUCCUGGAUACAUCAGAUACCUCCAGGUUAGUAAGAUGUUUCUGGAUGGCAUUUGUUUGAUCGUUCAUCUUAGACCUGACCUUGAAAUUCCUCCAGAGCCACUUCUAGUUUGGGUCAAAGCCAGGCACUGUGGUGAAGAUGACACCAGAGGUGUUGGUUAUUCAGGCAGCUUGGGUGAUGAUAAUGAUGACCCCUGUCCUCUUUUCCAGACUCAAGCAGCCCAGACGAUGCUGCAGAACCAUGAGGGCUCUGCCAUGCCACGCGUGGCCAUCCUGCUGGGCCUCAUGGGUGUCGCUAUGUCUGGCUACAGCUCUCGUCAGCUCACGCUGCACCACGAGCCGUCAGGUCGCCUUUUCAAAUAAAAUAGCUGAAGUGUUGGGUUUUUUUUUAACUUGGGGAAAUUUGCAUAUUCUGAUGAUGAUUGUAACAGUUUUGCCAAGAGUUGUUUCAGUUAUUUCAGGCACAUGACACAAUCCAACCAAAUGCAGAUUUUUUAUUUAAAGCCUGCCAUAUUAAUGAGUUUUUUUCAGUUUCCAACAUGGAGCAGGAGUUGAAUAAGAAUACUUAUUUUGGAAAAACCCAUAAUACUCACCGAAUCUAAGGCUCUGUUGUAUGUUUCCAUUUAUUUUCUCACUCUUAAUUUUCCCCUCCAUGUAUUUCAGGUUCGACAUCAACAACAUUUCUCAUUAAUGACACAUUUUAUUCCAUUUGAUUUGAUAAGAUUGUUGCCUUAAAGGUUUGCUAGAGUAUAUAUAAACAGAAAGAUUUUAAUUUUUUUAUUUAUGCACAAGGUGUGAAUUUUUACUGAGAUGCAGCUUAAAAUAUCUCUUUUGAAGUUGGAUGAUAUUGCAUUUGGAGCAGUUCCUGUCUCUCCCUUCACUGCAAAAUAAAAAGAAACCUGAUUUCUAAGAAAGCAAAAAAAAAAAAAAAAAAACAUUUUAUUGUACUUUUAGUCUAAAAAAUUAAUUCUGUAGAAAAUUGGCAUUACUUAAAAUAUGAUAAAUCACUAAAUAUUAUCCAAAUUUUCUUGUUUUGAGUAAAACAAUUACCAAUGGGGUAAGCAAAAUUGCCUAUAGAAUAAUUAAAACUAUCAAAUAAAUCUAAAUUUUGAUUCUUUUGAGAAUUCUUGCAAGCAACUUUUAAUCAAAGCAAGAAAAAUCAGAUGAUGUUUAUCUUAUUUGAAGAAAUGUUGUUUCUAAACAUUAUUGUUAUGAUUAUUUAGCUUUUUUUAGAAAUCAGUUUUUACAGUGUUUUCCCUUUCCCGUGCCUUCUCAUGAAACCACUUUUUCCAGAUUUCCUGAAUUAAUCAAUUAACUAAAAAAUUCACUCUUGGAUUUCAUUCCUAAAUAAGAGUUUUUGAUUUGGUAAAGUCCCAAAAGACGGUCCAAUUUAAAAGCUGCACAAUGGAAAACUACUUCUCUGAUAGAAAUAAAUCAAAUAACUUUAAAUGUAAACAAUGCAACUUUUGCACAUUUUCAUGUAAAUAUCUUGUAUGUAUUCACGCACAUGCUGCUUGCACGCGUAUUGAGAUUAGUGGUGUGAGACGUGGAAUGCUCCCAGCUUGUGUUGUGGGCUGGACUGGGAGAGGUCCAGCUGGACUUACAUGCAGCCCUGCUGUGUUGUUGUCAGGCAGAGGGACCAGGACAGCCACCCUGGAAACCACCUGGAUCAACAUGUCAGUUCACCCAGAUCUCUCCCAGUUGUGUGCGCACACACACACACACACACACACACACACACACACACACACACACACACACACACACACACACACACACACACACACACACACACACACACACACACACACACACACACACACACACACACACACACACACACACACACACACACAUCAGUAGAUGAAGGACCUCUAAGGUCUCUUAAUGUUAAAUGUCAUGCAUCAUGUUUUUUAACUGAAACAACCCUGACAGCGUGUGAAUGUAAAAAUUAAAAAUUGCAGUUAAACUGUAUUUGUCUCGUAACCUUGAUGACUGAGGUGAUCCCUUAAGAUCCUCUUAAGAGUGACGCAUAUUGUUUUUAUUUAUUGUUGCAGGAGUAGUGUGUGUUAGUUGUUUAUAAAAUGUUGUGAAUUUAAAUGUUAUUAUUUGUAAAUGUAACGCACAUUUUCUCAUGUUUUUGUUGUGUCGUUUGUUUGUUAUUUUCAGCUCUAAAUUCUCUAAAUAUUCAUGUUUUUCUGAUGUUUUUACUCUGCUUGUAUUAAUAAAUCAGAUAAUAUUAAGACAAGCUUGUGGCUUUUCUGAGUUUAUUUUAAUUUAUUCAGCAGGAACUACUUUUUAUUAUAUUUUAAUAAAAAUAUGACAAUAGCAUUUUUGCCCACUAGAUGACAGCAUAGACUUUAAAUCUGUUUUGGCCACAAAAGUUUGCAAUCGUGGCAUUUAAAGAAAAGCAAACACUGAUGAAUUUUUGUACAAAAUAAAAUAAAAUCAACACAAAACAAACUUGGACAAAUAAUUUGUUUUUCUUUUCGUUUGCAUCUCUAAUUAUGUAUUAGCAUCUUUUUUUUCCUCAUAAGAUCAUUG